GGCAUUUAUAUGUUAGUGUGUUGUUAGUGGAGAUAGACUUGUUCGGACCUGUGAAUUGCGAGUUAGAAUUGUAUCAAAAAGGACAUAGAUUAGUUCUGACUUGGAAUAUAGAAGUUAGUAUCUAGUGCUAGUGGACAUAGACUUGUUCUAUUGUAGUUUCCUGAUUGUCUGUAAAAUGAAUAACAAAAGAUCUGCUAAAAUCUUGGAAAUGGUCUUGUGUAAAAAAGUGAAUGAACAUUUGGGCGGAAAAGUUGAUAUUAAUGUAAAUCAAUCGAUCACCGAUCCAAAGCAAAUCAACAUUAAUCGCACAGAUGAAUCUACUCCUAUGGUUGAUUGUCAUUUUACGAUUGACUCAACCAAUUUCGAACAUCCAGAUAUGAAUAUGAGUAAGAUGUGUUUGAUAAUUGAUGCACCUGCUACAGUAAGCAGUGAUAUGGAUUGGCAAACCAAGCAUGGAAAACAAAGCAAGAAAGAUGAGUUAGCUAUAGAGAUAGACCCACGAUACGUGAACUGUCCUGAUUUGGAAUAUCCGCCUUAUUUAUUACCAGCAGAAACCUCCAUUAGCAAAAAGAUCAUGUAA